UAGGAAUUCAGGAAUUCUGGUCAUGUAAUUCCUGGCACUGCGUGGCUCCAGGGAAUAUCCUGGGGUACAGCGUGGCCCUCAGCCUGUGGGACUGAAGAGAGCAGUGAAACCAGGUGACUGCAGAGUCUCAAAUCUACUCCCAAAUCGUGCCAAGGGGUGAAAAUUCAUCUUAACGAUUAGUGCUGGGAAGUAGAGCUGAAAAAUUCCCCUCUUGAAGGUGAGCAGCAAUAAAUUGUGUGUGUGUGUGUAGCACCAUCAAAAUGAGACACUGGUGGCUCAGGAGGGAUUUGGUGCCUAUUUCAGAGUUGAGUUUUGACCUGCUGAGUGUAUUCCAUGUCUAGAUCCUGGUCUUUUCCCUCUUCUGUAGCUGCACAUUGAGCACUGUCCUUUCCUGAGCAGCACAUACAAGGCCAAGAUGGAUCCUGCUGAGUCUGCUGGUGUUUCUGGGUUGGAUAUCCACCAGGAGGAGAGUUUCCUGAAGUUUCCUAGAAUUUCUUGUACUGUAGGGCUCCUAAUUGCCACCAUGGGAAGGGAUAACGGGUCCUGCUCACCUUGUCACUUCCCUAGGGGGUACCUGUCUUCACAUUGGGAGUAAAACCAUAUUUGAGUGUCCUUUGCACACCCACCACGGCUCCUCCUGGAAAAAAGAUUGCCACAGCCCUGUGCUGAGGGAAAUGGGAGUUUGUUCCAUCUGGAGCUGGCCCUGGCUGUCCAGUCUCACAAUUCCUUUGGGGGAUCACUUCAGGCACCACUGUGGUUAUUUAUGGCUGCAUCUCAGCUUCAGCUGGAGAAGGAUCCAGGUGUGCCAGGGAUCUUCAGCCACUGGAGACAGCUGGAUCUGCAGGGGUGGACUCAGCCCUCCCCAUUUCAGAUCCUCUGGCACAAAUAGCCCUUGAGCAUGCUGCUCUUUCCCUGCUUCUGAGGUUAAACACACAGUUUUUAGCUGCAGAUGCAGGGACAGCCUGGAUCGUCGCAUCCUUGUUCCCAACCUCUUCCCAAUGGAGAGGGUGGGAAGGCCCCUCCAAAAAUCAUCUUCCACCUCUCCCCCUUCUCCCACAGGUGAUUGCAGUUCCAUGCUGGGACCAGCAGAUCCCAGCAGCAGGCAGAGUGUGCUGUGGGCUGGCACAGGGACCACAGCCUGCGGAUGCAGACUGUUCCCGGUCCACAGCGGAAGCGGCAUUGCCAGCCGAAGGAAUUGGACUGGAAACCCUCAGUGCCUCUGUGUUUGAGUGCUGGGGCUAAGAAACAGCAUGUCUUGGCUUUCAGGGGAUGUAGCAGGAAUGUUCUGUCCUUCCCAAAUAGGAAGAAACACUUGGAAAUAACACAGGAUUCAGGGCUCAACAAUACGGAGGGCAGAGGCUGCUGUGGAGUCAAGGGAAAAGCAAAGGGCUUAAGUUCUGUAAAUCUGAUCCCCCAAAAAGCCCUUGGGAAUGUAGUUCUGAUCAAAUUGAGAUACUACAUAAAAUUGGGGUGGUUUCACAGCAUUUUUGGGGGACAGAAAUUCAAGAAGGGAAAAUCCAACCAGUAUUGGGAAGUUUUUGGUUUAAAAAAGUUUGUAAUGCAAAAUAGGCAGGUUUUGUUGGAAUUACUUAUUCAGACUGAGGUAAAAAGGGAUUAUUUUAAAGCUUUCUUCAGGAGAAUUUGAAUCAAAAGCUUUUUGUUAUUCCAAGUGGAAGCAGGAAUGCCCAGCUCUUAGGGAUGAAGUCACAGGUCUCCACGGAGUUUCAGGGGAAUGAUCCUUGUCACCCUUCCCGGUGCUAAAUAGCACUGAAAUAGUUUAAGAGCAGGAAUUCCUCAACAAAACAGGUCGAGAAAAUGCAAGGAUUUUUUCCCUUAAGUAUUGAUUCACGGUGGAAAUUUCUCUGCCAGGACCAAACAGAUCCGGGUGGAAUUUGAGAUGCUUUGCCCAAAGCUGAAGAUGGACGUAGGUCAGACAAGAAGCAGGCCUGGGAUCUGGCCACCCCUGUGGCCUCUGUCCCCCCCGGGAGGGAGGCUGGAGAGCCGGAGCAGAGGGCAUGUGCUGGGAAUUGGGAGUGAAUUCCAGCGCUGAUCCCUGCCCGCUGGCCACAAAGCCGCUGCCUGUGCUGCUCCUGCUGUGCUUUCCAAGAAUGCCGGCAGGGCUCGGCGGCAGCAGGACAGCUGGCUCCUCAGCCCUGACAUUUCCCAUCAUAAGGAAGCGUUGUUUUCUUGCCAGCUGCAAGGUUUGCUCCGGAAUAGCUGGUGGGAAUGAUUCAGGAGGUGCCCUUGCUGCUCCGUCGGCUCCCCGUGGCAUCCCUUGUUUGGGGCAGGAAUGCCAUGCGGAUCCCUGGCCCUGCAGCUCCCUGGAUCCCAGCUUUGGGAAGGAGAACUUGAGCUCUGACGUGGAGCCAGAUUUGUUUUCUCAGCAUGAUCCAGCCGCGUGUCGGAAUCUGCUUCAGUGGCAGACAGGAACAGGACAUCAGGAAACUCUCUUGCAAAUGGAGAAGCAACUGGGAUCUAUGUCCCUGUGCCUUGUCCUGGAUGUGAAUGCAGAAGUUUCACAGCAGGAUUGGUGUCAGAAGGAACAGAGUGAACCAAGGAAGGGCUGUGAUUCAUGGGAGCCUCUGGCUUGGUUCCCAGAGCAGGCUCCUUGUGUCUUGAAGGACCGGGGAGUAUGGAAGAGCCUGACCACAAAUAUUUCACCAGGACACAACAUCUCCUGCAUCUUUCCCACCCCGCUCUGCUGUGGAGUGCCGGAGGUGGAUCACGCAGCGAUCACCGGUGAUAACGUCCUGUUUCCACUGUCACCCAGCCAAAUAUUCCCUGGCAAGCGUGGGACGUGGUGCUGAGUGCUCCUGUGGGAACGUGCAUGUGGUUUCCACCACGCCAAGGGGAGCUGUGCCUGAGGAGCAGGAGUUUCUCCCAGCUGUGCUGUCAGGGACACGAAUCCCCCAGCUCUGGGACUCACACUGACCCUUUUCCUAAAGAAUCCAGGGAUAUGUUUUUCUGGAGCAGCUGGUGUUGGAUUGGAAGGUCACCUCCCUCAUGGAGGUGGUGGGAAGGGAGCUGAUUUUCCCAAGGUGACAUUGGAAGUCUGUGGCAUGAGUGCAGCCGUGCUUCUAUUUUAAUUCUGUCCUUCUUGUCCCUUUAUUCCCUCAUCCCCAAGAAUCCAUGUGCUGUUAACACACUUGGAAUCAAGGCAAGUGUGACUGCCCAGCUGCCAGGGCUGUGCUGCCAAGGUGCUGCACCUGAGGCGAGCACAGCAGGAACCUGGUGCAGCAGGAAUUGUUACUCUGCAUUCCCCCAGCCAGUUCCUGCCUUCCAAAGUGCAAGGGUCGAUUUUCCAUGAAAUUUGCCCAUUUGUUGUCACACAACUCGCAGGAAAAGGGUUUUCUCUGUGGCUUCUCCCUCGUUUGCCUGGAAUCAGGCAAUGUAUUAAAACUGGUCUUAGAGAGGA